AUGUCUUGCCGGAGCGCACUUUUCCACCAGGCCGCAGCAGGCGGAGUCCGACGAUCUACUUCUCGAGCAGCUGUCGGCGCUGUCUGUACACAUGCAGCAGCAGCUGCGACAGCAGGAGCAGCAACAGCAGCAGCAACAGCAGCAACAGCAGCAACAGCAGCAGCAGCAGCAGCAGCAGCAGCAGCAGCAGCAGCAGCAGCAGCAGCAGCAGCAGCAGCAGCAGCAGCAGCAGCAGCAGCAGCAGCAGCAGCAGCAGCAGCAGCAGCAGCAGCAGCAGCAGCAGCAGCAGCAGCAGCAGCAGCAGCAGCAGCAGCAGCAGCAGCAGCAGCAGCAGCAGCAGCAGCAGCAGCAGCAGCAGCAGCAGCAGCAGCAGCAGCAGCAGCAGCAGCAGCAGCAGCAGCAGCAACAGCAGCAACAGCAGCAACAGCAGCAACAGCAGCAGCAGCAACAACAAGAACAACAGCAGCAGCUGUGCGAGGAAACCUCUCCGCAUCACCUCACAACCAGCUCGCGCGCCUUCACCCGCACACACCUCCGCAACCCCACUUCCGCGCAGCCCCGUUUGCGCGAAUUGAGCACGACGGGACUCCGCUCCUCAAUUGGAGCUCCGAGGCCCCAAUUCCGCAUAUCCCCGGCCCCGCGCCACCGCCUGCACCGGGCGAUGGAGCGCCGAAUGCCUCUAUCGCGCACGCCUUUCCGCCCAUCCAGGGCUUCCGCCAGGCGCCCAUAGGCGGGCACUUCUACGCGGAACGACCUGGCGGCGCUGCGGGCGCGGGGGGAGAAUUCGCGCGCGCUGGCGGAAUGGCGAGGCGAGGUGCGGGGAAAGAUUCGGGGAGGAACGCGGGGAUGUUCGGUCCGCAGCCCCUGACGAGCUUCGGCGGAGCGGGGUUUCUCCAGACCGUUGAAUCGUCCUCGCUCUCGCUCUCCCUCUCCCGCUCCUGCAGCAGCCUGGGCGUCGCAAGUGACAGCGCAGAGGGCGGCGGCAGCGGCAGCGGCAGCGGCAUUGAGAGAGGGGAGAGGGAUAGCGAGGCGGACAUGGAAGCGGAGUCGACGUUUAAGCCGCUGCCCCGCCGCAAGCUGCCGUCCCUCGCUUCUGCUUCUGCUGCUUCUUCUGCUGAUGCUGUCGCUGGUGCUGGUGACGGUGCUUCUGGCGCUGGGCUUACGAGACAGAAGGGGCUGUCGGCAUUCAUAGGGGGCAAAUCGCGCUCCUUCACGUCGCUCGCUGACGUGGCAGCCAUCCGCUCCAUGAGCGAACUCGCCAAGCCGCUGCGCCGCACGCCGCUGCACACGCGCGCGCUGCACCUCUCCGCGCGCCACCGCCGCCAGCGCCAGCGCAGCAGCCCGCACGCGCACGCGCACGCGCACGCCCGCGCAUAUGCUGACGCCCACGCGCACUCCCGCGGCGCCCCCUCGUCCUCCUCGUCUCCUUUCUCGUCGUCGCUACCUCCGCUCGCGUCGUCCUUCCCCGUCCCUGGCGGCGUAACCGGCAGGCGCCCAGCGGGAGGCAUCAGCAAGCGCACUGCAGCGCCGCUACAGCCGCGCGCCACGCUGGCGCUGGCUGUAGCCCUAGGGGAACUGGGGGACCUGGGGGGCGUGGGGGAACCGGGGGGAUUAAGGGGGUUGGGGGAGUUGGGGGAGGCUGGAGGGCUUGAGUGCGGCGGGUGGGAUGCCAACAGGGGGGAAGCGGCAGCAGGGGGAUUGAGGGCGGGUGGCGGUGGUGGUGCUGCAGCCGGGUUUAGGGGGAGUGGAGGAGGAGCAGCAGCAGUUGCUGCUGCUGGAGGGAUAUGCGGUGGGAUGAUGGGAUUGGGAGGUGGUGAGUGGGAGGUGAGGGAUAUGUGUAGAAUGGAGACUGUUCCAGAGUAA